UAUUUUUGGAAGGUUGACGGUGUAGAGCUCAGUCAGCAAAGAAGAUCGGGGGUUGGCGUGCGUGUGCGUAUGUGUGUGCGUGGCAAGACUUGGGAGUUUAAACAGUGUUAACUAAUCCACGACGUGCGGGUAUUUUAUGACAACAUCUCUAUCACAUAGGCCUGAUGACAACGUUGAUGAUGCCGAGCGAUUACGGAGUGGAGAUGUUCCUCGGGUCGUCCCCUGUGCUUACCUCGGGUUACCUAUCUACCCAGCCCUUUAUCCAUGACUUUCCCAGGCUGACUCCCCUCCAGGCAGCUCCCUUGCAGUCCACACCUGUCCAGUCCAACCCAUUUCAAGCCACGCCCUUGCAUAACCUUUGGGGAAACAACAGCCAGUCAUGUGGCUCCACCCUCAAUAAUACUGGUUACAUGAGUAAUUUUGAUAACGAGCUGUUCUCAACCACAUACAGUAGCAGUAACAACACCACCAACAAGAAUGGUUUCAACGCUAGAAGCAGUUUUAGGUCUAGUGAAAGACGGUCGCCCCCCAAAAGGAAAACCAGUUUGCCUUUGCUGCUGCCAAUUAAAUCCUGUCUAGUGGCUCGCCAGGAGGAGGAACAAGAGGAGGGUGCUAUCUCCCCAACGAGAUUAAAGAAAAAGGUUGUGUUUGCCGACACUCAAGGUCAUCCACUAGAAGAGAUCCGCGUCCUCACUGAACGUCCAGACUGUCCACCAAAAUGGUCAGCGGACUUCGUUGAGCAGGUGACUGGAGGUGCCAAGGCCGAAGCUGUAUGUGACCAGUGGGAGCUAGCGUUUGCUCAGCCAGCUUCAGACUAUCUGGGAAUGAAGGCACGAUUAGAAAAAGACAAUGUGACCUUGGAAAACGUCGUAAUCAAGGAAAUGGAAAACAGAGUACAAGGAACAGUGAAGGUGCGAAACCUGUCCUUCCAUAAGAGUGUCAUUGUGAGAUACACGAUAAACAAUUGGAUUUCACAUGAUGAAAUAGAAGCGGAGUUUGUGCCCUCGCUCUCAGCCACUGUUGCUUCCUACAACCUCUACGAUACCUUCACAUUCAGCUUGCCCUUGCCUGGUUCUACUCAAGCAGACAAGGUAGAAUUCUGCAUCUGCUUCAAGAGUGAGCAAGGAGAGUUCUGGGACAACAACAAUAGCAAGAACUAUGUGAUAGUAUCGUUCAGACCCAAGACCACGCCACCGGAGUACAAACCCAAAGAUAUUUACGAUGUGACAUUAGAUUCCUGGACUGAGUUUGCUUCUUGGAAUCAUCUAGACAUCAAUGAUUCACCAUAUUGGUGAACCAGUAAAUGAGGGUUCGAGAUGAAACAAUAUUCGAACCCCCAUACCUACGUUACCUAGAUAACAGUGGUCUGGUGGUGCUACUUAUGUUAAUAAUGUUUUGUCGAUUUGUGCAUAAGCAAUGUUUCUUACGGUUCAUUAAAGCAGUGAUGAAGACCAUCCGUGUUUAUGCAUUUAUCGUUACACUACAUGAUGGGAGUGGCUCGGAAUUAGCGGCUAGAAAGAAUGAAUGGACGUGAAUUCGUAAAUUAAAUAGAAUGGUAGAGCACUAAGUGAGUGGUAUGGUGGUACCACUGUUCAUAGUCAUCACUGGAGCCACAGGGCUGGCCCACCACCCAGUGCAACAUAGGGCCAGCUCACCACCCAGUGCCACAUAGGGCAGACCCCCAUCAUCCAGAUAGCUAGCAAUCUUCUGGCGUGAAGAAAGAAUGGGUGCUACUUUGGUGGUGACCAGGUUCACCCUCCCUCAAAAUCCACUUCAUCAGCGCCAUCCAGUCACAAUUCCGCCCACUGGGAGCACCAGCAUUGAAGUGGGCAUGCAUCAUGGGUUACUGAGAGUUUCCUCGGACCCCCAGGGACAAACCAUCAACAAACAAGACUGGGGAAGAUCUUGUCAUGCGGGACAGGAGUGAUGUAGUAGAAAUUUAGAAGCUGCUAGUCAUAUCAUCGCGAGAGUGCGCCUCAGUCUUGUCCAUCAGCACAAAGAUACAUGUCCCUUAACGUCGCUCUCCUGAAGCUCUGGAAACAGCUUCCUCUUUGUAUCACCCAGGGCAUUCAGAAAUUUGGUCAAAAUGCUGGACCGAGUUUCAGGCAGUACUAGCAGCCGCAGCCGAGCACUCGUGUAGUCUCCUGUUGGAGGCGUCUUGGAGACUACUAGUUGUAUUGGUAAUGAAGUUGGCGUGCUAGAUUCACGGUGUGGAUCACAACAGUAUCCCGCGGUGCAGUUUAACAAAAGUGUCAUCGUCUCACGCCUUCUUGUUCAGGCUUUUCAGAAUGGAAAAAAAAUCAGAAACUUUAACUUCACGAGAUUAUUUAUUUUGUAAAACUUAAAAAUAAUGCUUAAAAAAAUUCAGUCAGAAUUGAAGGAAUUUACCUGAUUGAAAUUUGUCUGUGAUAAAGUACACUGUUGAAUGUGUACAGAUGUGAUUAUCUAAGUUGCUGAAUAAAUUUGGGGAGGGGGGUGGGGCCCUUGUCUGAGGAACUGUGUUGAGUGAUGCAAGUGGGUGUUGGUGAGAGUUAGUUAUCGUUUCUUGUACUCUACAGUUUUUCCUUGUUUCUGUAAAUAUAAUGUGCAAUAUAUAUAUGUAAGAUUUAAGUCCAGCACCUGCAGUGCUGCUGUCCAGACUCGGCAGGUGUUGUACGCAGCACUUGGGUGCAAGAAACAUGGCCCUCCUAAUCAGCCUCAAGCUCCAGGAGGUUGAUAUAUAUAAACUGCUGGUGUAUCACGCACAUUAACGAAAUAAUCAACCUGAAGCAGUACCAGUGCAAGUAUGGUUAGUGUUGCACCAUAGAUUGAGAUUGUAUUAUGAUGCAGUCACUGUUAGUACACAUUCUUAGUCGAGUGUAAUAUUGAGUGCAGAGGUGGCACAAAACUUAGUGUAUUUUUCUUCGGUUUAAUAUGAAUGGGAAUCUCCUUUUGUCAUUUUUUUUAUCAGCCUAGUUUAAAUGUAAGUGGUACAAAUAUUACCAGUUAAUUCCUAUUACUUACUCAUCGGGUAGAUCCAGGUUUCACUUGGGUAAUGUGUUCUUUGUCUUUGGUCAGCUAGCAUGAUUUAUUUUGGAAUGUCAGUUGUCUGGUAGUCACCUACUUGAGUUCCUGGAAACGAGUGCCUUUUGGAAGUACGAGGAGAUAAUGAGUUUCUUCUACAUUUACUGAUAAGAUGCAUUUUCUCCUAGUGAACGUAUAUAGAUAUUGGGUCAAAGGUUCAUGAUGGGUGCUUUCACUGUGUCCUUAUAACGUGCAUAUCAGUGGCAGCUGAUGGAAGUAGACAUACUUCAUGAUCUCGGUGUCGGGGCAUGUGCAAAAUUAAGGUACACAGGAACUCAAGAUAUGUAAAAAAAAUAGCUUUGCAUUCAUUGUAUGGGAAUUUAGGAAGUGUGUUAAGAAAGUCAUUAGCCGAGCCCAUCCUAGCUCUGCACUAGUGUCAAUAAAUGUACAGAGGUUUCAUGUAGAGGAGGCUGGGCUCGCCAUCAACAAAGGAAGUCAUCUUGAUAUAAAUGUGCAUGACUGCCUCUUGUUGAGCCCUCAUUAUCCAGUAUAUAAGCAUAUAAAGUAUAGAUUACUGUAUAUGAAUAUGUUUCCAUUUUCAUGUUCACAAGCAGUGCUCUGCAGCGCAUAAAGUAGGUCUUCGUGGUACGGUAGACUUAAUUUACACUUGUUACCUCAGAACCGGGAAAUAUACCCACCUUGUCAACUGUAGUAGUAGUAGUAGUAGUAGUAGUAGUAGUAGAAGAGCACUAGCCACGUUACCACAAGACUACUAUAAACAUCAGGAACCGGCUGCUGAGCAGAAGGGCUGCCAUCGUGUCUAGUCCCUGAAAUCUGAUAUGGUCGUGUAUGGCAGGUCCAAUAGUUGUGAGCGUAUUAGACAUUAAGUGGUCUUUGCAGUGUGGGUUUAGUGCCACGCUCGGAAACUUGCGGCCUUUAUAACCCGUCGUAGUAUACCGUAAGGAAUAUUGAAGUGGCUGGAAUAAUAGGUUAAGUACUAGUAAAUGAACUCUGCUACGUCCAGUGCCUGAUACCCUGUGUCUGCAUAGAAUAGCCAAGUGUCGUGGUAUACAUUUAAUGAAGUUCUUUGGAAGGGCCUAUUAUAUAUUGCACAAAAAGAGCCCAAGGCAGUGUAAGUUCAGGAAAGGUUAAUUUAAGUAAGACAUGGCAAAGCUACUUAGGGAUUAUAUAAUGAAUCAAGGGAUAGUAUGGGGAUUAUGUGCAUUCUUAAGGAAGGAACGGAAACUGUAGUAUGGACACUAUCCCCUUGGACAGUUAGUGAUCAAGAAGUGUUUUGGCUAGAUGGUAUAGUUUCUUUGAAGGGAAUUGUGAAGUUACUUGGAAGGAUUCAUAAUGUAAGGGGGACUGUGUGUGUAUGUGUGUGUGUGCGUGCGUGUGUGCGUGCGUGCGUGUCAGCGUGCCAAACUGUAAAAUAAAUGUGAUUCGACCAACUGUAGUUGAGUUGCAGAUGUCGCUGCGGAAAGUGUUUUCUAGGGACACUAUUCCUAUCACUGUCCUCCCAAAAUUCUCGUUGUUGCUCAAGAUGUAUCCAGAGUUCCUUUGGUUAAUGUUUCCUGUGUGUGUGGUUGACCCCGUGUUGGUCAUCUUGCUAAGGAGUGGAAGUAGCUUCGACGGUCAAGGUCUCACAUUAUCCCGUCCCCAGUAUAAACUGCUUGUUACCCUUGAGGCUAUUUCCACACCUCUGGCGAGAUGUCACACAGACACUAUUGCUGCUGUAUAGCCUAUAAGUUAAAAUAAACAUCUGAACCACUGUUAUAAUUAUUUUGAAUGUGUUUUAGCAUUUUUUUAAACAUUACCGUUUCUAGUUGUAGAUAGUUUCAUGCAAAGCAACCUCCACGAAUGAACAAUUAUCUGCAAGGUAUAAUUGAAGGUGGCGGAUGUUGCUUCUUGCUUACACUUUAUUUUUGGUUGUGUUGAUUUUAUAUACAUCUUGAGAAUACUGCGAACAGUGGUGAUAUUCGCAUUAAUCGUUAAUUGCAACUAGAACAAAACUAAAAUCUACAUGAAUUAUCUUGCAAUCUCUGCCAAUGAAAAGAUUGCAACUAUUAUAUUUUUACGAUAUUUUAUGAUUUUUUUUUUUUUUUGCAAACUACUAAUAAACACAUUAAUGUGCCCA